CAAGAACCCCAGCAAAACCCUAAAUCAGCAUUCUUCUCCGACCUCUUGAACGCAAACCAGCAACGCCAUUACCAUCUUCUUGGACUGUUUAUCGGAGUGGAGAAACCAUGGCGAAGACAUCAAAACAAGGCGGCGCCGCCGCCAAGACCAAGAAGAAGAAGACGAAGAAGUCAGGUCCAGAGGCCGUCGCCAUGAAAGUCCAGGUUCCCAAACCCAACAACCCCUUCGAGACAAUUUGGUCGCGAAGGAAAUUCGACAUUCUCGGCAAGAAGCGCAAGGGGGAAGAGCGCCGUAUCGGCCUCGCUCGCUCUCAAGCCAUCGAAAAGAGGAAGAAGACGCUGCUGAAGGAUUACGAGCAGAGCGGGAAGUCUUCGGUGUUUGUGGAUAGGCGUAUCGGAGAGCAAAAUGAUGACCUAGGCGAGUUCGAUAAGGCCAUUCUUCGUUCCCAGCGCGAACGCCAAUUGAAAAUCAGUAAGAAAAGCAAGUAUAACUUAUCUGACGGAGAGGAAGAUGAGUUGGAUAUUUCGGGUUUUGGUGCAUUAUCCGGGAGGGACGAUUUUGAAGAUGAAAUGUUGCCUGAUGAUGAUGAAGAUUACGGCGGUGAAGAAGCUGCUGGCAUCGAGAAAGAUCCAUUUGCGCGAAGGCAGAAUGUUCUUGACUGGGGUCGAUCCGAAGGAGAGGAUAAUAAGCACAAAACCAAGAAGGAAGUGAUGGAUGAGCUCAUAUUAAAGAGCAAGUUUUACAAGGCACAAAAAGCAAAAGAUAAGGAAGAGAAUGAACAGUUGAUGGAAGAAUUGGACAAAAACUUCACGUCCUUGGUGCAAUCAAAAGCAUUAUUAUCUGUCACUGAACCUGGGAAGAUGAACGCUUUAAAGGCUCUUGUCAACAAGAGCAUUCCGAAUGAGCAAGUAAAAAAGGAUGUGUUUUCUGCUAUGCAAAAUUUAGGAACUUCUAAUCAGGAAAAACCUGAUGCUUAUGACAAGAUGGUUAAAGCAAUGGCACUGGAAAUGCGUGCUCGCCCCUCAGAUAGGACAAAAACGCCAGAGGAGGUUGCCCAGGAGGAGAGAGAAAGAUUAGAGCAGUUAGAGGAAGAAAGGCAAAAGAGGAUGCUUGCCACAGACGACUAUACCGACGAGGAGGAUGAAGAUGCAGAGAAACUGUCUUCCCAAAGGCCAAGAGCAAUAUCUGGUGACGAUCUUGGUGAUUCCUUUGUGCUUGAUGAGGAGCCCAGGGCUAAAAAGGGUUGGGUUGAUGAGAUUCUUGAAAGAGAUGCUGAAAACAGUGACAGUGAAGAAGGUGAUUCUUCUGCGGAUUCAGAGAAUUCUGAAAAUGGCAGUGAUGAAGAAGGGUCUGAUGAAGAUAAUGAUGUACGCGAGGAGGGUCUAUCAAUCAAGGACUGGGAACAGAGUGAUGAUGAAAACCUUGAAAUUGAUUUGGAUCAGGAGGAAGAUGAAGAUGAAGAACAUGAUGAAGAUGAUUACGCUGACGAGAAAGAUAUAAAGCCAAUAGAUUCAAAAAAAGAACAGAAUAUUCAUUCUGUUGAAACAAGUGAAGGGCACAAAGAUUCUUUGCAUGCUAGGAAAAAGACAGCCGAUGAAAAACAGCCUUCAAUGCGGUUAGAGCUUCCCUACCUAAUUGAAGCUCCAAAAACCUUUGAAGAAUUCUGUGCAUUAGUGGAUAAUUGCUCUAAUAGUGAUACUAUCUUGAUAAUCAAUCGAAUUCGGGCUAGUAAUGCAAUCAAGCUAGCAGCAGAAAAUCGGAAGAAAAUGCAAGUGUUUUAUGGUGUGCUGCUGCAGUAUUUUGCUGUCUUGGCAAAUAACAGGCCAUUGAAUAUUGAGUUAUUGGAUUUAUUGGUGAAGCCAUUGAUGGACAUGAGUGCAGAAAUCCCGUAUUUUGCUGCAAUCUGUGCUCGACAAAGGAUUUUACGAACCCACACACAAUUUUGUGAGAUCAUCAAGAACCCAGAAAAUAGUCGUUGGCCUUCGUCAAAGACAUUAUUUCUCUUGAGACUUUGGUCCUUGAUAUUUCCUUGCUCCGACUUCCGCCAUGCAGUCAUGACCCCGGCAAUAUUGUUAAUGUGUGAAUAUCUUAUGCGUUGCCCCAUCAUAUCGGGUCGUGAUAUUGUUGUUGGCUCUUUCCUGUGCUCUAUGCUACUCUCUUUAGUGAAACAAUCUCAGAAGUUCUGUCCUGAAGCAAUUUUGUUUCUUCGAAUGUUGCUGAUGGCAGCUAAAGAUGGAAACACGACGUCAAAUCAAGAUACUCAAUAUUAUUAUCUCAUGGAAUUAAAGGCGCUCAAUCCCCUGAUUUCUUUACGUGGACAUGCAAAUGAGAUUGAUCCCCUGAAUUUCUUCACUAUAAUGGACCUGCCAGAGGACUCUUCAUUUUUUGACACUGAGAAUUUUAGGACUAGUGUACUGGCUACUGUGGUUGAAACUCUACGAGGAUUUGUCAACGUAUAUGAGGGCUUGAGUUCUUUUCCUGAAAUUUUCUUGCCAAUUUCAGUUUUGUUACGUGAAGUGGCACAACAAGAAAACAUGGUAGGUCCAUUACAAGAUAAACUCAAAGAUGUUGCUCAACUCAUCGAGACAAAAGUUAAUGAACGUCACAUGUUGCGGAAACCUCUUCAAAUGCGGAGACAGAAGCUGGUGCCAAUCAGAAUGCUUAAUCCCAAAUUUGAAGAGAACUUUGUGAAGGGGAGAGACUACGAUCCAGAUCGUGAAAGGGCUGAGAGGAGAAAGUUGAAGAAACGCCUAAAAGAAGAGGCUAAAGGGGCGAUUCGCGAGCUGCGUAAAGACAAUUAUUUCUUGCAGGAGGUUAAAGCAAGGGACAAGGCAGCGAUGGAAGAAGAAAAGACACAGAAAUAUAACAAGGUGAAAGCAUUCCUUGACGAACAAGAACACGCUUUCAAAUCUGGGCAAUUAGGAAAAGGCAGGAAAAGGAGGAGAUGAAGCUGACUUUUGUUCUUGCAUGUUCCUUUUGUUUUGACCGUUGUAUCGGGCUCGGGUAAGUUGCUCAUCCUGUUGUAUCAAGGUUGGAAGACUUGAAAGAAAGAGCUUCAAGCCCUUCACAUUUUCUGCUGAGCACAACUCCACGCAAAUCUUGUAUUAAUGUAAUUUAUUCGCUAUAUGUUUAUAGCAAUAUGUUUCUGCCCGUUUGA